CGGAGCACGCUGGAAGUGCAAUGCAAAUUGAAGACCAUCUAUGGAUUAUCGAUAAAUUGAUCCAUCUUGAUCUCACGGAUUGGGAAGACUUGGACUAAACAACAAAUCUUUCAACAUUGAUUGGAUAUUCCUAUCAUGAUGUUUUGGCCAUGACAAAGGACGGUGAACUAGAAAACAGGAGGAGACAACGACAAAGUCAAUUUUUUAGAAGUAGCCGCACUUAAUUUGACUUUGAUCUUGCAGCAGUAGUGCGUCGAACCAUGUAUAAAGGAAUGAUCGCUUUAACCAACAGUUCUCCCGGUUACCAUCGUAUAAAGAGUGGCACAAGGAUAUGGUUAUCUUCACCGAAGACAAUGCGGAUCUGAGAAAAGAUGAGCAACCAGAACCUUCCAACGUAAAAAACCAUCACAGAUUUCGCAUCACGGUAGAGCCUUUGGGAUUUAUUUACCUCGCUGCCAAUAUUAUACAGGGAAUUGUCACACCCAACUUGUUUCUGCAGAAAGUAUGUGAGGUAAAUUUUAAAAUUAACGCUAGCCAGUGCGAUCCUCGAAGUAGAAUUAGCCGCAACAAUACAGAACUAGCUGAUCGAGUUCAGAGCUAUGUCAGUACUCUGAAUAUCUAUGGCUCGCUCAUCGAUAACAUACCAUCGAUUUUCCUGAUGCUUUUUCUAUUACCGUGGAGCGAUAACCACGGCAGGAAGCCGUUGAUGAUGGCUCCGGUAGUUGGACAUAUAUUGUGUACUUUGUUGGAUAUCACAAACUACUACUGCAAGUCUUUACCGGCGGAAUAUCUCUUAAUAUCUACCGUCCCUGUGGGUCUCACAGGUGGAAGAGGUAUUUUCUUUAUGGCCAUAUACAGGUACAUCGUUGACAUAACCACCACAGAGGCGAGAACUUGGCGAUUUUCGCUUCUUGGUGGUAUCGUUGCUAUAUCCGUACCGAUUGGCAAUUUGAUAAGCGGAUACAUCUAUGCGAGCGGCGGCAAUAUAGCGAUAUGGGGAACAGCGCUCGCCUUCUACAGUCUCGCAUUUCUUUACAUCCUGUUUGGUUUUAAAGAUUCACUUGGGCAGAAAUCAUUUAGCAAAACAAGUGAAGAAACCGUGCUGGAAAAAGCACUGUAUGGAAAAUCAGUUAAAACGAAGAGAAUGGAGCUUGCCAAAGAGGGUUGCCUGGAUGUAUUUCAAAAUCUAUUUCGUUGCUUUGCUGAGACAUUUAAACGCCGCGAAGGAUAUAAAAGAGCAUGCAUAUCGAUUUUGAUAGCGCUUAUGUGCCUGCUUCUUUUUUCGCAAGGAAGCCAAUCCGUCGGCUACUUCUAUACCAGGAAAAAGUUCGGUUGGGAUGCGCCAGACUGGGCGUUCUUUGUCACUUUGGUCAGUGCUUCUUCCUCGUUUGGAAUUUUAGUCAUCCUACCCGUCUUGAGUGGAUACUUUAAAGUGAGCGAUGGCAUAAUGGGGAUUAUUUCCCUGCUAGCAAACAUAGGAGCCUAUCUUACAAUCGCAUUUGCUGUAUCUCCCUUAAUGGUUUAUCUAUCAUCGAUUGGUAGUACAUUUGGGCCCAUCGCCAGUAUCGUAAUACGCUCCAUCUUUUCCAAAACACUGUCCAGCGAUGCGUUGAGUUAUGCAUAUUCGGUACUUGCCUCACUUGAAUCUUUAGUGCCAUUAAUAACUGCUCCUACGAUGAACUUGAUAUAUCAAGCGACUCUUAGUUUCUUUCCAGGAUGCGUUUAUCUAGUGAGGGCUUGCACAGUUUUUGUCGUACUGAUCUUAUUUGGGAUAUUGCUUCUGUUGAAAUGGAAAGAUUCACAGUUAAAUCAAGUCCAACCUUUUCUCGAAUGCAGUGAGACACCAACUCCGUUGAAAAAGUCGGUUACUAGUAAUUUUGCUUUAUGAGGUUCUCAACAGUAUCGUUUACCCUUGUUUUGGACAAAAGCAAAAAGAAUGGGAACUUUCCGUUUGGACUCUAAUACAGUUGUCACAUUUCGUACACCAGUUCGAACUAAAUUUGAUAUAAAAAUUGCUUUUCCUGGCCGGACACUUUGGGCUAUUAAUUAGUUGGAAAGGUUGAUGUAAUGGAGAACAGGAGAGCUUAUUUUAAGAUGUGCGUGUAUGGUUUGAAUUUGCCGCGCUCUUUUGAACCUUAAAUAAA